AUGUCAGAACGAAACCUACUUGAAGGUUCACUAAGAAGCUUGAAUCUUGUUCAUGAAGAUUCCUCUCUUCUCGAUAAGGCGUAUGAAAUUCUUCAACAAGUGAAUGCCAAGGAUCCGCACAAUACCUUCAAACUUGGUGCAGCUUGCAAACCGCUAAUUUGCAUACAACUCGCUUGUGAAAGCCUAGACAUUACAUUUAACACCAAAAAUGCGAUAAAGCUCGCACAAAUCAGCCCAAAGAAAUACGCCUCGUUCGUUGAGGUUCUAAAGUCAAAACUCGACAUGAAGUCCAAUCUUACGUUCGAGGUGUUGGGCAUAAAAUUCGGGUGUCAGACGAUCGUCAAACAAGCGGAAGAAAUGUACAAAAAUUUUAUAGAGAACUGGGCGAAUUCGCUUUCUGCCGGGGAACGGGAAAAUAUUGAUUGGGAUAAGAAUAUUUAUAAAGUCGCGAUCUUUUAUUCGUGUUGCAAAGCGCUUCGGAUUCGUAUGGCCAAAAAAGAAUUACUUUCUUCUAUGAAUUCAUACUUUUCCCAAGUAGAUCUCGAUUGUCUCAUCAAACUCGUCGAAUUACACUGCAAAUCGUUUAUCGAUGAUUUGUCAGUGCAAAAAAAGGGCAGCCCCAUUAAAAGUCCUUCGAAGAAAAACACGACAACAACACCAUCCAGAACCUCACAAAUCACGCCUACUACUCCACCUCCAACCCCAUCUCUAUCGAAAGAAAAGCGAAAACCGAACAUAAGUUACCUAUUAGAAACAGUCGAAGACAACAAAGAAAAUAAUCAUUCUGUCAAUGGAAACAUGAUCGACCCAUUAUACACGAAAUCUCAAAAUAAGGAUUAUAUGGAUUGGCGUCAGCAAAUAUUGGGGAAAAUUAAUUCUCAUAAUGGAAUAGAUCUUGGAAAUUAG